AUGGCGGGACGGUCAAGCCCACAGUCAGGGACCGGUUCGGCCGCCAUGACGGAGGCUUGUUGGGAGUCCAUUGUAUUCCAAGAUGCCGGUUGUGCGGAUUUUCGUCUGUGGGGAGUAGGAAGUAAAACGAUGAGUGAACGAAAGGAUUCAAUUGAUCGAGAGAUGGCAGAGUUGGAGGAUGAUGGGCGGAGUUCGCCAUCGAGUGUUUUCAGCCUGCCAUUGUCGCCGGUGGUGAGGAGGUUGGAGGCCGUGCCUGGGCCGUCGACGCCAAAGUUGGCUCGUCGUGUCGGAGCUGACGGGGUGGUGCAGUUUCCAGGAGCUGUGCGGGAGCUUGCUGAAACGUUUUCGAGGUUCGACGCGGAUCGCUGGGCUCGGAUUCAUACAUUGGUGCCGGUAGUGGAUACUCAGGCUUGUACUGAUGCCGUGCGAGCUGGGCUGGAGCAAUCACUGUCUGCAAAUCAAAAGCGGGUGGAGGAGCUGAGGAUUGACAACCAGCGAAUGGAAGAUGAAGCUGCUGGGUUGGAGAGGCGUCGUGCUGCUGUGGAGGAGAAGAUGAAGCAGGAUCGGGCGUUUCUGGAAAGUGCAGGGACGAUGGCAACGGCGGCUACGGCUCAGGCCAAGGAGGCCUUUUCAACGGCGGUCGCUGCAAGUGUGGCGGCCUUGAAGAGCUCGAUUGGUGGUAAAUUCCCCUUGUUGCUGCCAAACUCGGUGGUGACGUGCAAGGAAGAAGGAUUGGUGAAAAUUUAUUGUGUUCGUGGAGGCGAUGGCGUGCAGAUUGUUGUUGGUCCGGAUCCUGAUAUGAUGGAAGUAUGGAUGGACGAGGUGAAGGUGAUGGCUGGCGGGAGAUCUGUGCAGGAAAGGAGAAGACAGGAGGGCGAGUCGCAGCAAGCGUUGAAGGUUGUUCUGGAUGCAGUAAUGGCUAGUCCUUUGAUGGGGUGUGUUCUACGGCCAUCGGUUGUGUCUUCAGAGAUGGAAUUUGAGGAAGAUGAUGGAGGGUCCUCAGUGUUUUCGUCCAGGAGUUCAAGGAGGACGAUGGCGGAUCUGUUUUUUGGAGGUGCUGUUGGAGAUUGGGUUUUCAAGCCUGAGGACAAGGCGGAGUAUGUCAAGAACAUAUGUGUGCGCAUGGGAAUCUCGGAGAGGAACUUCCGCCGUGUUCGGAGUAUGCGGUUGCCUGUGCCAGGGACUGCAGUGCAGAGUGUCCAGUAUAUCAAUGACUAUUACGGAGUCGGAGGUGAAAAACGGAUGGGAGAUGAUGGCAAGGAGAAGGUCUUGGUUUUUGGGACGUCACUGGUGGCUGUCUGGUUUCUGUGUGAUCCAGAUAAGGCGUUUCUGACAAGAGUUGGGGCAUUGGAGGACGUUCCACCAGCUUAUGAUUUUCGGCAUUUGACUGAGGGGAUGCCUUAUGAGGUGUAUCAGUACGGUGUAAGUGGAUUAACUGCUGUGGUUGGGUCUUCGAAAAGUCAGUGGACGCCGGAGGAUGUGCGUCGUCGAGUGUACCGAGAUUUGCGCCUGCACGAUGACUUCCAAUUUACGCAGCUGUGUGUUCGUGUGGGAACGAAUGAUAUUAAGCAUAUGUGUAACCUGAGGUCUGGGGCAAAAUAUGCGACGAUGACGGAGUUGUAUGCUGCGAUGAGGGUGUACUUUGCAAAGCUGGCAGAGGUUUUUAAGUGUCCGGUCUUUGCGCUGGGCGCUUCUCCUCCAGGGAAGUGGGAAGGAGGCAAAACAAAAUUUCGACGGGAUCGGUAUGGGAACCCAGUGUUUCCCUUAAUGGAGGAGGAUGGAUCUGCUGUGUCAAUGGAGUCCAGGUUGGAAGCAGCAAAUAUGUGUCAGAGGGUGUUGGCGAAGAUGUUGGAAAAUGACGUUGGCGGUGUUAUCGGAAGGACGGAUACGUGUCCGGGCUGGUGGGCCUUGCCUACCCCAUUGAGCUAUCUGACGAGAUACGUGAAGGUGUCAUAUUCGUCGUUUUCAUCAUUUGGGCAUAUCAAUCCUCGUGCCUUUAUAUGGUUUGCGAGGGAUCAUGCGGCGGCGAUCUCGUUUGCGGUGACAAUAACGGCGGGUGAUCCGUUAAAGGAAACUUUGCUGUGUCCUGGAGAGGGACCCAUGUGGAAGGAUGAUGGGACGGCGGUGGAGGGCAAGCCGCCAAAUUCGAACCACAGGCAUUUUGUCCGUCAAUGUUAUCGUCCUUGUCUAUUUGACGCCGUUGGAAAGGUGGAGUUCGGGGGAAAGGGUAUUAAGGCGAACCCAUUUGAUAGAUGUGAGUCGCUGUUGGACGGUGGAUAUGAUGAGACGUUUGCUACGGAUUCUGUGGUCUCCAUUACUCGCCAGCGUGGGAGGGAUGGUCGAUUUGUCCCGGGAGAUGUGGUGGUAGUGAAGGCAACGGGUGUGGAGAAGGUGGUGGCUGUUGUGCACCAGAAGUCAUACUGGGUCGUUGGACUUGGUGGUCGACAGUUGGUGUUGGAUGACGAAGUUCGUGAUGCAAAAAGGGUGGUGUAGGAGUUGUCCGUUU